AUGUUGGCCAGGAAGAGCAUCAUCCCAGAGGAGUACGUCCUGGCCCGGAUCGCGGCUGAGAACGUCCGACAGCCCCGCUACACCGUGCGCCCUCGCCAGCCCCGCUUCAUUGACAAGAACGGCGCCUGCAACGCGGCUCACAAGAACAUCAGGGAGCAAGGUCGCUUCCUGCAGGAUGUCUUCACCACGCUGGUGGACCUGAAGUGGCGUUACACCCUCUUCAUCUUCACCAUGUCCUUCCUCUGCAGUUGGCUGCUCUUCGCCAUGAUGUGGUGGCUGGUGGCUUUCGCCCACGGAGACCUGGACCACGGGCAGAGCUCGACCUUCGAGCCGUGCGUCACCAAGGUGAGAUCCUUCACCUCGGCCUUCCUCUUCUCCAUCGAGGUGCAGGUCACCAUCGGCUUCGGCGGCAGGAUGAUGACCGAGGAGUGCCCCACGGCCAUCACCGUGCUCAUCAUGCAGAACAUCUCGGGCCUGAUCAUCAACGCCGUCAUGCUGGGCUGCAUCUUCAUGAAGACGGCUCAGGCUCACCGCAGAGCAGAGACGCUGAUCUUCAGCCGGCACGCAGUGGUCGGCCUGAGGAACGGCAAGCUCUGCUUCAUGUUCAGGGUGGGCGACCUGAGGAAGAGCAUGAUCAUCAGUGCCUCGGUCAGGAUGCAGGUAGUGAAGAAGACCACCACCACCGAGGGAGAGGUCAUCCCGAUCCACCAGAUCGACAUCCUGGUGGACAAUCCCAUCGACACCAACAACAUCUUCCUGGUGGCUCCGCUCACCAUCUGCCACGUUAUAGACAAGCGGAGCCCUCUCUACGACAUCUCGGCCAGCGACCUGCAGAACCAGAACCUGGAGGUGAUCGUCAUACUGGAAGGAGUGGUGGAGACCACCGGCAUCACCACUCAGGCCAGGACGUCCUACAUCGCCGAGGAGAUCUUGUGGGGCUACCGCUUCGUCCCGAUCGUGACCGAGGAGGACGGGACCUACUCGGUGGAUUACUCCAAGUUCGGCAACAGGGUCAAGGUGGCCACUCCUCGCUGCGCCGCCCGGGAGCUGGAUGAGAAACCGUCCAUCCUGAUCCAAACCCUGCAGAAGAGCGAGCUCUCGCACCAGAACUCCCUGAGGAAACGCAACUCCAUGAGGCGAAACAACUCAAUGAGGAGGAACAACUCUUUCUUAAAUAAAGUGCAGUUUUUCACUCCAGAUAGCACAGAGUACUGA